CUGAUUUUUGUAAUGUCUCAGAUGGGGUUCCUUUAUUGAAAAGUGUGAAAAGAUGGCGAAUCGAAGACGUCCUGUGAUCUGUGCAGUGUCUGGCGGAGUGGACAGUGCAGUGUCUCUCUUGAGACUGAAGAGGUCGAAAGAGUUCGAAGUGAGGAGUGCGCUGUUCAUGAGGAAUUGGGAUGCCAGAGAGGAGUUGGACACUACCUCUAAAUGCACGUCCGACAAGGAUGAGACAUUCGCUCGCCAAGUAUGUGAUAGACUGUCUGUGCCUCUACACAUUGCAGACUUUUCAAAGGAUUACUGGAACGAUGUGUUUACGACGAUGAUAUCAAAAUACAGAGCAGGACUCACUCCUAAUCCAGACAUCCUCUGUAACAAGUUCAUCAAGUUCGGAUCACUACGGAACUAUAUAGACCUUUUCUUCGGAUGCGAUCAUUUCAUUGCAACUGGACACUACGCUGAUGUAAACUUAAAUGGAUCCCAAUCUGCUGCCACAUUAGCUAUACCAUUAGACAAAGUCAAGGACCAGACGUUUUUCCUGAGUCAAGUCAGUCAGAACGCUUUGCAGAAAACUUUAUUUCCACUUGCGAAUAUAGUGAAAAAAGACGUGAAGAAAAUAGCGCGUGAAAGCACUUUGGGUUUCGUGAAUGAGAAAAAAGAAAGUAUGGGGUUGUGUUUUGUCGGCGAGAGAAAAUUCAACGAGUUUUUGAAGGACUAUAUUCCCAUCAGAAAAGGUCAAGUGGUUGAUUUUGAGACAGGUCAAUUCAUGGGCGAACAUGAAGGCGUUCAGUUCUACACAUCCGGACAAUCGUUGCUUUUGCAAUAUGUUCAGAAAUGCAGAACAGAGUUUUUCGUCUACAAUCGAGACUCUAUUGAAAAUAUUUUGUAUGUUGUCAAAGGGCGAAUGAACCCGCUUUUGUGGAGAUCUGAAUGUAAACUACGGAAUUUUCAUUGGAUUUCUGGAAAAUUACCAGACGAGUUACGCAAGAAAGUCGUAAUGACCUGUCAAUGCAGAAUGCAACAUGGUUGGCCACUAAUUAACUGUGACAUUUCUAUUGAGCAUGGUUUGAACCCAUUUGACCUUGAAGAUACUGAGGAAUUCACAAUUAAAGUCAAAGUUCACGGGCGUUGUUGGGCAGUGACCCCGGGUCAAUUUUGCGUUCUAUAUGAAGAUGAAGUUUGUUUGGGAAGUGGAGAAAUUUUACCUUUUGAAAACGAUGAGCAUGAAUUGUGAUCUCUUGUUGACUUGCUGGUGCUGUCUUGUUGUUCUGCGCUCAGUCAAGCAGUCUUCGAAGUUUAUGAUGAUUCGUUCUCAAUUUUGGUGUGCGAAUUGACAGUGUUGUCGUUAGCAAGAACAAAAAAAAAGAAAACACAGCUCGCGACGGAUGUCUGUAAACUAGCCGCUGCAUAUUUCAUGGAUUAUAAAAUUUGUUGGUGCUUAGCGAUUUAUAGAUAUAAUUGGAUAUAAUUGA